AUGGCGGCGGCGGCGGGCGCGCGGCGGGCGGCCCCUGGCCCGCGGGCAGCCGUUUCCGCAGAGCUGGGCGGGAGUGCGGCCCCGGCGAGCGGCAGCCGCGUGGCGGUGCCUGAGGGGAGGCGGCCCCCGGCGGGGCAGGCCCCGGGCCCUGCCGCCGCCGCGUCCCCCUUCCAGCGGCUGGUGCACGCCCGGCGCCUCCAGGACCUCAGCGGCGAUGGCGGGGUGCUCAAGGAGGUGCUGCGCCCUGGCGCUGGGGAGCCGGUGCCGCCAGAUGCCUCUGUAGCAGUGAAGUACUCUGGGUACCUGGAAUAUGCCGAUGAGCCCUUCUGCACGAACUGCUACAGGAAGCUUCCUCGGCUGAUGAAACUUGGAAAAGACAUUACACUAGGGGGACUGGAAAUUGGCCUGCUCACCAUGAGGAAGGGAGAACUGGCAAGAUUUGUCUUCACACCAGAUUAUGCCUAUGGGAAACUAGGCUGUCCUCCUCUGAUUCCCCUGAAUGCCACGGUCUUGUUCGAAGUGGAAUUGUUGGACUUUCUAGACUCAGCUGAAUCUGACAGAUUCUUUGCUUUGACUGCUGAGCAGCAGGGUAUGUUUCCGCUACAAAAGGUAUUGAAAGUGGCAGACACGGAGAGAGAGUUUGGCAAUUACCUCUACCGUCAGCAGCACUUCGUGGAUGCCAAAGACAGAUACAAAAGGGCAUACUCCAUCCUAGGCCGUAGUCCUUCCGAUAAGGCAGAGCAAUGUCAGAUUGAUGCUUCUAAGUUGCUGGUGGUCCUCAAUCUCUCACUCACUUACCUGAAACUGGAGCGUCCUGCCCGAGCUUUGACAUACGGGGAAAAGGCUUUGGAGAUUGACCAAAGAAAUGUCAAAGCGCUGUUCAGGUGUGGCCAGGCUUGUCUCUGCAUGACAGAAUAUGAAAAAGCCCGAGAUUUCCUGGUCAGAGCUCAGCAUAUUCAGCCCUUUAACCACGAUAUUAACAAUGAGCUGAAAAAGUUGGCAAGCUCUUACAAGGACUAUGUGGAUAAGGAGAAAGAAAUGUGCUGCCGAAUGUUUGCCCCUCUCAACUCUUCUCCUGUAUGA